AUGGCCGAACCACAAGUAUACCAAGAGGUCCAGAAACACUACAGCUCCGCUGCCAAAACCAGCGACGACAGAUACGGCCACGACGUGGCAACCGCCUUUGGAUAUUCCAAGGAGGAGCUCGCCAGUAUCCCACAAGAUGCGAAUCUGGGCCUAAGCUGUGGAAAUCCUCUUGCUCUGGCGCAAUUGAAAGAGGGAGAAACUGUGAUAGACUUUGGCAGUGGUGCGGGCAUCGACGCUUUCCUCGCCGCCAAAAAUGUCGGCCCGAAUGGAAAAGUAUACGGCGUUGACAUGAACAAGGCAUCAAACAGCAACAAAGAAAAGACCGGUGCUGCCGCAGCAAACGUCGCCUUUGUCGAAUCAAAAAUUACCGCCGUCGACCUCCCUGACGCCGUGGCCGACUGCAUCAUCAGCAACUGCGUCGUCAACCUCGUUCCAGAGGCCGAGAAGCAGCUCGCUUUCAAUGAGAUGGCGCGCCUGCUCAAACCAGGUGGGCGCGUAGCCCUCAGCGAUAUCCUGGUUCGGAAGGAGUUGACGCCUGAGCUGAAGAAGAGCGUUGCGUUGUAUGUUGGCUGUAUUUCGGGAGCUAGCCGGGUGGAGGAUUACGAGAGGUAUUUGAGGGAGGCGGGGUUUAGUGAUGUCCUUAUUGUCGAUGCAAAGAGCGAUUUGAACAUCUACACGUCAGCAUUGGAAACCCCCAAGAACGCCAGCGGUGGCUGCUGCGGGGUAGUGAAGAAGCCCGAGCCGACUCCCUGCUGUGGCCCUGCGCCGUCAAAGGAAGAGCGCGGGCCUGGGAUAUUUUCUGAAGGAUUUAAAGCUGAGUUUACGAAUGUCGAUCUUAACGAGUGGGCGGGUUCCUUUAAAAUCUACGCCGUCAAAAACUAG